AAAAGGAAAACCGGGCCGGUUUCCCGAACGCGAGCCGCAGCAACGAACGACGCCGCAUCCACCGCUCCCACGCCGCGGCCGUGGGCGACGCGACGGCGAGAGAGAGAGAGAGAGAGAGAGCACGGGACUCCGGAGUGGGAGAGGAGGAGAGGGGAUGCCGUGGCUGGCGCCGCUUGGUGUUGCUGCGGCGGCCUAUGACCGAGGGAGCAGACGGGCGCGCCAGUGGUAGAAGUGGGAGGUAUGGAGCUGGGCGGCGGGGUGGUGAUGGCCGCGGUGGACGGGGGCGGCGGCGGGGAGCUGGGGGGCGGGCUGCUCGGAUCUAGGCUGCUCAAGCACGGGAGAGGGGGCAAUGCGGGGGAUCAGGAGCACGGGUGGAGGCCGCCGGCGAAGCAGGCCCGGUCGGGGGACGCAUCCGCCGCGGCGGCGGCGGCCGCGGCCGUGUCCGAGGCGGUCAAGGUGGCCGCGCCGUUCCUGCUCGGCGCGUCGUGUAGCCCCGGGCAGGGCGGGGAGCAGAUGCUCAGCUUCUCGUCCUCCGCGUCGUCGUGCCCCUCCGGCGCCGCCGCCGCGGCGGCUGGCGGGGCGAUGCCGUUGUACUACGGCACCCCGGCUUCUUGCUCAGGAUUGAGCUCAGUGAGCUUGAGCAGCAGCUUGCAGGGUGCAAUGGCCAGGGUGAGGGGUCCCUUCACGCCGUCUCAGUGGAUCGAGCUGGAACACCAGGCGCUGAUAUACAAGUACUUGGCUGCCAAUAGCCCUGUACCUCACAGCCUCCUCAUCCCCAUCAGGAGGAGCCUCACAUCACCGUACUCACCUGCCUACUUUGGCUCAAGCACAUUGGGAUGGGGAUCUUUCCAGCUGGGCUACUCCGGCAGCGCGGAUCCGGAGCCCGGGAGGUGCCGCCGAACCGACGGCAAGAAAUGGCGGUGCUCGAGGGAUGCGGUCGCCGACCAGAAGUACUGUGAGCGACACAUGAACCGGGGACGCCACCGUUCAAGAAAGCAUGUGGAAGGCCAGCCUGGCCAUGCCGCGAAAGCGAUGCCCGCGGCAGUGGCAGCUGCCGCUGCUUCUGCUAACCAGCCUAGUACUCCGGCCGCCCAUGGUGGCGGAGCUGCCUCUGGCCUCGCUGUCAAUCAUCAUCAGCAGCAAAUGAAGAACUACACUGCAAAUACUGCCAAUCCUUGCUCUCUGCAAUAUAGCAGGGAACUGGUAAACAAGCAUAGUGAGAGUGAACAAGGGCAGGACUCGGACACCCUCUCAAUGCUGACUUCCAUGAACACGAGAAAUACGAGCAGUUUGUUUCCAUUCUCAAAACAACAACAUAAUCCUUUUGAAGUGUCUGGCUCAAGGUCAGAAUUUGGCCUAGUAUCACCUGACUCACUGAUGAGUUCUCCUCAUAGCUCCUUGGAGAACGUCAAUCUGCUCACAUCGCAGAGUCUUAAUGAACAUCAGAGUUCAGUUUCCCUUCAACACUUUGUGGACUGGCCCAGGACACCUGCACAGGGAGCUCUUGCAUGGCCUGAUGCUGAAGACAUGCAAGCUCAGAGAAGCCAGCUCUCAAUAUCUGCACCAAUGGCGUCUUCUGACCUGUCGUCAGCCUCAACAUCUCCCAUCCAUGAGAAACUGAUGUUGUCACCUCUUAAGCUGUGCCGUGAAUAUAGUCCUAUUGGUCUCGGGGCUGCAGCAAAUAGAGAUGAGGUGAACCAGGGAGAAGCAAAUUGGAUGCCUAUGUUCCGUGAUUCUUUGAUGGGUGGGCCAUUAGGUGAGGUUUUGACCAAGAAUAACAAUGUGGAAGCAAGGAAUUGCCUGUCAGCAUCUCUAAACCUUUUAAAUGAUGGUUGGGAUUCAAGCUCAGGGUUUGAUUCAUCCCCAGUCGGUGUUCUGCAGAAGACCACAUUUGGAUCAGUCUCCAGUAGCACCGGAAGCAGUCCUAGACUGGAGAAUCAUAGUGUUUAUGACGGUAUCACUAACCUGCGGGAUGAUCUCGGUUCAAUUGUUGUAAAUCAUCCAAGCAUCCGCCUGGUAUGAGCUUCUUGAUCAACAAAAAUUGCAACAAGAUGGCAGGAAACGAUUCAAUCAGCUUCAUCUUGUUACAUAUCAAUAUGACACCCUCUAGCGUGAGCAUUUACGUCGGUACUUUGUCAUUCAGACUAAUCUUGUGUUCUUUUUACCAUUUCUGCCGUGUUAUUUUUUUCCCCGUUGCUUUGUAACUUUCACCUUGGAUCUUGACAUGCUAUGAUGUGUGGUGUGGAUGGAUUUGGUGCUCCGUUGUGACAUAUAUCAUCUUAAAAUAUCCAAUGUGCGAUGUCAUAAUCGUGGAUGAAUGCGAUCUGAUUCUUGUCU